AAUUAGCACCCACAUUACAUCUAACACUCUGGUUAAGGUUGUACAAAAAGCACCCACUACUGGGUGGAAGGUGGGCUUUAGGUAACUUCAGCCAUACUGUGCCAGUAUCCAGAUAGUGGCACAGCUCACCAUCUGAACUGUGCAAUAUGGCACAGUGUUUCCAAUCUCAGAGGUCAAAUACAACAAAGCCUGAUCUAGACUGUACGUAAAUAAAUUUGUUCAGUUCUAAAAUGGUGCUAGAUCGAAUAACUUACAACCCUUUCCACCUAUAAAUAGUGGGUUUAUAGUGGUGAUAUCGUAAUAAGUGCGGAAAGGCCUUAUAUUGAAAAAAGGGAAAUUAGUUAGGUAGAGAAAAAGCCAACGAUUUUCGGUGAAGGUCUCUUAGAAAUGUUCCAACUCAAAGAUCUACAUGCAACUAUCACAAAUUUGUUACUAAGAAGUACGCCGCUUUUUCCGUUUUUGAGGCUACUAGUUUAUGCAUAGAUUCAAGAGUUUUCAAUCUACAUGUAUGGUUUUACAUUAGAAGCUUUGUUUCCAGGGUCAGGGCAUUUGUUGUGCUUUGUUAGGACCCCUUCAUCAUAGUUCAGAAUCACGCCGCGGGAUCAUCUGCGCAUGCGCGUCCACUUUUAGACGCGUAUCUAGUAGCUACACAGAGUCAUUUUUCAUUCUCAGAGAACCAUUGAGACUGUAAGAAGAAGCUUCAACUUUUGAAACUAUUGAUCUAUAGACUAAUUAACUGCUACUUUAAACAGAAUGGGUCGUGGCAGCAAGCUGUUUCAUCGCAACAAAGUCACUGUCAUCGAGGAGAUUCACGAGGUGGAUUCUGUAGAGAAGAAAGAGAAAAAGAAGUCUCUCAAAUCGAUGAUGAAGGGGGUCCUAACAAAGCACAACAAAUGCACUGAUUCUGAAACAAAGCUCAAAGAAGAGCAGGAGGCCGAUUACCGAGUGUACCUCUCUCAAAAGGAAAAGAUUGCUGAGCUCCUGGUCAAAAUGAAAUGGAUGGAGAGAAAACAAGAAGGAAAGGAGAAGAGAAUCGAAGACAUGGAGGACAGGCACCUCACUUUUGAUGAAAAGAUGCAGCUCAAGGCUCUCAAGAACAGCUCGAAGAGGUUGGAGGACAAAAUAUUUGUCGUGAACACUGAGCUCCGACGACGACGAAUCACCGUCAACCUGCUUGGGAUCGAUGUCAGCAAAAAGAAGGCAUCUUUAAACGAGACACCUGCACCAGAGUUCUUAGCACCAAGGUGCUGGGAGGAAAACAGAUAUUCCACAGACCGAUACACCGUACACUUGGAUCCAAAGCAAGCAGCGAGCGCCAAACAAUACAUGGAUAUGUCUGUUACUCAGAAGGACAGAGUGUAUGAGCUCAAAGAAAAGUUGGUGUGGAUGGAAAGCAAACGUAAAUGGAAGCAAGACAGAAUUUUGGCCACGAAAAGAAUGGAAGAGAGCCUGAAUUUUGAUCAGAAAAUUCAGCUUAAAGGACUCAAAAGCAGCUUGAAGAGGCUUGAGAAUGCGAUUACUAUAGUUAAACAGCAAGUGUCACGGCGACUAGACACAGUCAGCAAAGCUGAAGAAUUCCACAAGAAACUAGUGGCACUAUAUGUACCUAACCACUCAGUGGAAGGGAGCUCAACUCUACUAGAUAUUGAAGAACUUGAAAAUUGAACGUGAAAAUUGAUACCUUUUAUAAUUAUAGUUGUUUUCUGCACAAAAUGUAUGUUGUCUUUUCAAUUUGAAUUUAGGCAUAAUUAUGUUCACUCCAAAAAUUAGGGUGCACUGCCAUGCAUGACAGUUAUAACAGAUACUUGAUUAUAAUAACUCAUUUUUCAAUGUAGUAUCACAAAAUAUUUUAAUCAUGAUGGGUGAAGUACGUCUAUAAUGGGUAAAAAAAAGAAGCAGCUAUAGAGAGCGAUUUUUGAUCAAAAAUUCAGCUUAACUACAUCAAGAGCUAUAGAUAUACCACCGAGUAUAAUUUUAAGCGCUCUUAAUUGACGUCAUGGUCAGUGCAUGUAUUUGUUACCCAGUGAGUGGGUAGAUCAAAGCAAUCCAGUGCUCUGU